AUGACACCACCCUCUACCUUGCCACCGCUUGACAGCAGCAUUGCCUCUUCCAAUUUACCCUCUUUGUUAAUUGAUUCUGCUGCGCCUGAACCUAAACCUGUGUACGCGCAUUACCACUGGAAGAAAAAGUCUCCCGAUGGUCGCGUCGUUUACAUCAGAGAUGCGAAGACCGCUGACGAUGAAAUCUCGCGACUGCCGCCUGGACCGUACGGGUUUGAUUUGGAGUGGAAGCCCAAGUUUGUGAAAGGAGGGCGGGAGAACCCAGUUGCACUAGUGCAGCUUGCAAACAGUGAUACGAUGUUGCUCAUCCAAGUGAGUGCUAUGUCUGCAUUUCCCCAGAAACUACACGAAGUCCUGCAGAGUGCGGAUUAUGUGAAAACGGGUGUUGGGAUACAAGGGGACUGUCGCAAGCUGUACGCUGACUUUGCGGUGACCAUGCGCAACUGCGUCGAUCUCUCCUUACUUGCACGCUCAGUCGACAAUCCCCGCUGGAAGGGGCGGUACGCCUCGCCGAUCGGUCUGUCAAGGCUAUGCGAGACCUACGAAGAGCUGACGCUGAGCAAAGGCAAAGCGCGGCUCAGUAACUGGGAGGUGGAUCUGAGCCAGCUACAACAGGACUAUGCGGCAAAUGACUGUCAUUCGGCAUUUGUGCUCUAUCGCAAGCUGGUCUCUAUGGCGAUGGACAUGGCCUCUCCGCCUCUAGCGGUCUACUACACGUUUAACGUCGUCCAAGGACGUUUGUGCCACCCCGUUACGAGCUUAAACUGGUUCCCGCACAAUCCAGAGUACGAUCCUGGUCCACCGCCGCCACCCAAAGUAAAAGCAGAAGAUGCUGUGCUUCCUAAGGAGAAAGCUACGUCGGAACCAGGUGUGGAAGUCGAGUACACGUCACGGGAAAUCGUGGUCGUACCGUUGGCGAAGAACCCGACGGUGUCACAGCAUUUCAAGAGACGGCAGCGAGCACAGAUGUCUACCGAUUUGUCUCCUGUGCCUCCCCACCAGGCAGAACAAGUUGCUUCGUUCCACUCAGGAUCAUCGCAAUGGCCUAUGCCUCAGCAGCGACGAGGGGCGCCUGUACGGUCGCGGCAAAUUCAUGAUGCUCCUCCACACAAGAAGCCGCGGCCAUAG